AGGCGCUCACUCCAGAUAACAGACACUCACACACACACAGAGUGGAGCAGGGACCCGGGCUCUGAGACAAUUGGGCAGAAGGGCAGAAGAGAGGAAGGGCAGGAAGAUACAGUGUCUAUUGGUGGUUGUCAGUGUGAUAUAGAGAAUUAUGGGAGAUGUGCAGUUGGUGACCAGUUCUCGCAUUUCCAAGAGCAGUCUGACCAUGGGGAGAAGCUCUCCGAAUAACGAAGCCCCAGUCUUCACCCUGCCUCCACGUAAUGCCCGUGUGUGUCUCGGGGGCACUGCUCGUCUUGAGGGCAAGGUGCGCGGUUGUCCAGAACCUCAGGUGUGUUGGUUUAGGAAUGGAAAAGCUGUGAUUGCCGGAGGCCGAUUCUCCAUGGAACAGAGCGCACGCGGGACCUUUAGCCUGCUGGUUGAAGGAGUACAGGAAGGAGAUGCAGGACGUUACACCUGUGAGGCUGUGAAUGAUGCAGGCAGCCGACAAAUGACUGUGGAGAUAAUCGUGGAAGAAAAUGCAGCGAAGAAAUACAACCUGCCCUCUUCCAGUAAAACAGGGGGUCGCUUAGGACUUCCUGUGGUGGAGAACAGACCCAGUAUCUGGGGUGAAAGCCCCCCAAAGUUUGUGACCAAACCCUCUCGCCUCUACCUGAAAGUGGGGCAGACAGGGAAGUUCUCUGUAAAGAUCACAGGACGACCCCAGCCUCAUGUCCAGUGGCUGAAGGGUGAUGAGGAGCUCCAGAGUUCAGAUCACUACAACAUGUUUGAAAGGUCUGGGCUGCACUUCCUAGAGAUCCUCUGUGCAUGUGCAGAGGAUGCUGGGAUAUACACCUGUCUAGUGGCCAACAGCGCGGGUAAAGCCUCCGCUACAGCAGAACUCACAGUUCAAGGUUCAGAGAGUGAAGAAGGCAUAACCAAAUCGUCACCUUGUGAUCUCCGAGAGAGCGUUCCAGCUGCCUCUCCUGCCAUUAAACACACCAGCAACGGCCUUAUCAAUGACCAAAGACCUGUCAGCACAUCUACGUGGACUGUAACCACAGAGACGCACACAAUGGUGACCACCAUCGCUGCACCCAAAGACAAUCUGGCAACCAAGUCAGAGAUACGCAGAAGCACUGUGACAUCAGCACCGCAGCCCACUGAAGAAGCCAGAGAAGAGGGGUCAGCAGCAGGUCAGCGGAGAUCAGUCAGCUCCAUGACCCUCAGCAGUCCGCAGAUGAAGACAAAGAGCAGCAGUUCUGACUCCAGCAGCAGGGAGACAGAGAGAGAUGUGGAGGCAGAAGCAAACAGAUCUUCAGGGAGAAGCCCAGUUCCCGCAGUGGUGGAGUCCAGCCGAGAGGCCCGCAGACUGGCCAGAGAGAGCCGGCUCGAGGUCCUGUCAGCCCCACCCAGCUUCGACUCUCAGCCUCAGAGCGAGGAGGUCACUGAGGGAGCAAAAGUCACAUUUAAAUGCCAGGUGUCUGGUUGGCCGGUUCCUGCUGUGAGCUGGGUUAAAGACGGCGCGGCGCUCAGACAGAGAGAGGGGAUCAGCACUCAGCAGGAGGGCAGCCUGCAUCUGCUCUGCAUGGACAAUGUACAGAAAGCAGAUGCCGGCCAGUACGCCUGCACUGCUACCAACAGCAGGGGAAAAGUUACCUCCAGCUGGACGCUUACAGUGAAAAGUGUGCAUGUGGAGGGGAAGGCUCCAGUGUUCAGCAGUGCUCUGAAGGGCUGUUCUGUGACUGAGGGACAAAGCUUCACUCUGCAGUGUUCAGUGGAGGGUGUGCCCCAACCUACCAUAUCAUGGUUACUUAACGAUAAGAACCUCCCGUAUGGGCAGACAGUAUUUGAGGCUGGUCAGGCCCAGCUGACGAUGCAGGAUGCUGUGUGUGCUGAUGAAGGCUUGUACUCGUGUGUGGCUGAGAAUGAACAUGGACGAGCGGUGUGCACAGCCAGAGUGCUGGUUAAAGCUAAAGCGAGUGUUAAAAAGCCUGUCCCUUUGCCAGCAUCAGACAUGAAGAAACCCUCUGCUCCAGUUUUCCUGAAAGAGCUGCAGGAUCUGAGGGUCAUGGAUGGCAGUCAGGUCACUAUGACCGUGGAAGUGACGGGACUUCCCACUCCACAAGUGCUGUGGCUGCACAACGGGAAGGAGAUUCAAGAGUCUGAGGACUUCCACUUUGAGAAAAAAGGCAAUCAGUACAGCCUCUUCAUACAGGAGGUGUUUCCUGAGGACACGGGGAAGUAUACCUGUGAGGCAUGGAAUGAGGUGGGCGAGGCCCGAACUGAAGCAUCUCUCACUGUUCAAGAACCCCAGGAUGGUGUGCAGCCCUGGUUCAUCACUAAGCUCAAAUCAUGCACAGUGUGUGUGGGCCAGCAUGCUCUGCUGUCCUGCGCCAUUGCGGGAGACCCCUUCCCAGAGUUCCUCUGGGUGAAGGACGGUCAGGAAGUGUCAUCUGGGCGGGACUUUGAGAUCCUGCAGAAAGAGGACGUGGUCUCACUCCUCAUCAGACGAGCGAAGGCUCACCAUGCUGGAAACUACGAGGUCCUUCUCAAGAACAAAGUAGGAGACUGCAGCUCCAUUGCCUCUCUGAUAGUGAGUGAGGAUUCUGGAAGAGAAUCUCCUAAUAAAGUAGAGCCCAGUCGGAGGGCUGUGGGGCCGGAGAGGACCGAGAGAAGCAGGGGAGAGCACAGAGAGGCGUCCAGCCCUGUGGUUUUCCAAUCAGAACAGGAUCCGCAGUGGGAGGAUCAGGAUCAGGACCAGGAUUGGGAUCAGGAGGACCCCAUCGCCGCCCGUGGUCUUCUCAAGAGGCGUGUGGAGACCAGGGAACACCGGGAAGACCAGAUCCGAGAGAAGGAAGCCGAGCAGAUCGACUUCCGAACCGUGCUGGGCCGCAAGGUCACCACUAAGAGCGUCUCGGAGGAGGACCUGAAGGAAAUCACGGCCGAGCAGAUGGACUUCAGGGGCAACCUCCAACGGCAGAUCAAGCCGAAGAUGCAGAGUGAAGAGGAGAGGAAGGUCAACUCUCCGCAGCAGGUGGAUUUUAGGGCGGUUCUGGGUAAGAAGGGAACUGGAGUCAAGGCUGGUUCUUUCGACAAGUCAGAACCUGGUAAAAAUGACCCUGUGGACUUUAGGUCUGUGCUGGCUAACAAGAAGAAGCAAGGGAGUUUGGAGAACAGUGGACCGAGCCCAUUGCCUAAGGAGUCUGCAGGGAAAGAGAAUAAUAAUGUGAACUGUGUGGAUGGAGGGAAGAUAGCAGGAGGAGGAAAAGGACUGGUUUUCACACAAAAACUGAGCGAUGUGACUGUGCUGGAUGGAGAACGUUUGCGUUUGCAGUGCCAACUAUCCUCGGAAUCUCCUGCCACAGUCACGUGGACUCUAGAUGGCAAAGUGAUCAAGCCCUCCAAAUUCAUCAUCAUUGCCAACGAGGGUGGUCUCUGCUCUUUGACUAUCGAUAAAGCCCUAUUUGAAGAUGAAGGGCAGUACGUGUGCAGAGCUGAGAGCAGUGCAGGAAGAGCAGAGUGCUCCUGCAUGGUGCUGGUUGAUGAUCCCAGUGCCUCAAGCUCAACACCGGCUGACAAGAAAAGCAAGAAGCCCUCCACCCCGACCACAGAGAAUGAAGCCAGAAUAAAGAAGCCGCCACCGAAAACUCCUCCUAAACAAGGUGCUCCCCCUCAAAUCCUUCAGUUUCCAGAUGAUAUGAAGAUCCUGGCGGGUGAGCGGGUUAAUCUCCUCUGCAAGUUCACUGGAACAUCACCCAUGACCUGCAGCUGGCUCAAGUUCCGUAAACCAAUUCAAGAGGGGAAGAAUGACAUCACCAUUGAAAGCACAGACUCCAGCAGUCAACUGUCCAUCGCAAACGGGCAGCAGGAGCACUGCGGCUGCUACACCAUUGAGAUCAGGAACAACUAUGGCAUGAGACAGGCUGCUCUCAACCUCACCAUCGUGGAUAAACCAGACCCUCCUGCACGCGUCCCAGCUGUCACAGAUAUCCGCAAAUCCAGCCUGACCCUCUCCUGGUACGGGCCCACGUAUGACGGUGGAAGUGCUGUCCAGACUUAUAACGUGGAGGUCUGGAACUCAGUGGAGAAGCAGUGGAAAGAGCUGGUGUCCUGUAUCAACACUUCCUAUAACAUCCAGAACCUGCUGCCUGACCGGCAGUACAAGUUCAGAGUGAGAGCUGUGAAUAUCUACGGUGUCGGGGAGCCCAGCGCAGAGUCUGUAGAGGUGAAGGUGGGGUUGGAGGAUGAAGAUGGAAAUAAAGAAGAUGAGAAUGAGCCUUCAGAUGAUGAGUCAGAGAAGCCGCCCGAGUACAGAGACGUGACCAUUAAAACAGAUGUGAAGGUUAAGGACCUCUAUGAUGUGGAGGACAGACUGGGAUCGGGUAAAUUUGGAACCGUGUUUAAACUGAUAGAGAAAGCAACUAAGAAGGUGUGGGCUGGAAAGUUUAUCAAGGCAUAUUCUGCUAAAGAAAAAGACAAUGUCAGGCAAGAAAUUGGAAUCAUGAACGAUCUGCAUCAUCCGAAGCUCGUGCAGUGUGUGGAUGCCUUUGAGGGAAAGACAGAUAUUGUCAUGGUAUUGGAAAUGAUCUCAGGAGGGGAGCUGUUUGAGAGGAUCAUUGAUGAGGAUUUUGAGUUGACUGAGAGAGAAGUCAUUAAGUACAUGCUGCAGAUUGUGGAUGGGGUCAGCUUCAUCCACAAGAAAGGCAUCGUUCACCUGGACCUCAAACCAGAGAACAUCAUGUGUGUCAACAAAACAGGCAGCAAAAUCAAGCUCAUUGAUUUUGGACUUGCUCGGAGGCUAGAAAAUGCAGGUUCACUGAAGGUCCUGUUCGGUACUCCAGAGUUUGUAGCUCCUGAGGUGAUCAACUAUGAAGCUAUCAGUUAUCCUACAGACAUGUGGAGCAUAGGUGUCAUCUGCUACAUACUUGUGAGUGGCUUGUCUCCUUUCAUGGGGGACAAUGAUAACGAGACACUGUCCAACGUUACCUCAGCAACCUGGGACUUUGAGGACGAGGCGUUUGAUGAAAUUUCAGAUGAGGCUAAAGACUUCAUCAGCAAUCUGCUGAAGAAAGACAUGACUGCUCGUCUGACCUGUGAGCAGUGCUUCCAGCACCCCUGGCUCAAACAGGACACCAGUAAUAUGGAAGCCAAGAAGCUCUCCAAGGAGAGGAUGAAAAAAUAUAUCCUGAGGAGGAAGUGGCAGAAAACGGGGCAUGCGGUGCGCGCCAUUGGCCGACUCUCCUCCAUGGCCUUGAUGGCUGGCGUUCAUGCCAAGAAGGGCUCCCCUACAGAAGGAGAUACCCAGUUUCCUGAGGAGAGUGAGGAAAGGAGCCCCGUGAAGCCCACCUUCAGUUCAGUGAUUAGGGACGUGGAGGUAGUGGAGGGCAGCGCUGCACGAUUCGACUGCAAGAUUGAGGGUUUUCCUGACCCCGAGGUGGUGUGGUAUAAGGACGAUCAGCCCAUUAAAGAGACGCGACAUUUCCAGAUUGAUUAUGACGAAGAUGGAAACUGCAGUCUGGUUAUCUCUGAGGUCAAUGGGGAUGAUGACGCGAAAUACACCUGCAAGGCAGUUAACAGCCUUGGGGAGGCUAUCUGCACGGCCGAGCUCAUCGUAGAGCCGCUGGUUUUCACUCACCCACUUGGACUUACGGAGGUAGAGUGAAGAUGGGCUUGGAUCACUCUUUUUUAUGUUUGCUUUUAUUGCACUUUUACUCUCUUUUUACUUUUAUAUCAUCAUGACAGUAAACACCAGACACAGUAAAGGGUGUUGAGAUAUUUAUGAAACUACGAUAAUGUCACUCACAUUCAAGAGAAUACAUGCAGUAUUUAAUUCUAUUAUGUUUUAUUUUGCUUUUUAAUCAAACAAUCAAAAAUCCCAGAUCACAUCACAUUGUGCUUUGUUGUUUUUUGUGUUCAGAGACCAGCCUUACUGUGUGUAUGUGUGUGUGUGUGUGUGUGUGUGUGUGUGUAAGAGAGAGAGUUCCUCCAUUAAAACGACUGUAUGUAUUAUUAUUUAAGCACCUGUUAGCUUUAAGUUUUUUUUUUUUUUUUAAGAUUUGUUUGGAAAUGCUGCCACAUCACCAUAUUUCAGAAUAAUAGCACUUACCAUUACAGAGACUGUAACUCAACUGUAUGUUUUACAUUAAAUAUGUAUGUAGAUUAUAUUUACUUACUGUUUUUAUUACAUACUAAUUUGAAAAGUGUAGAUUACAUUUUAAUGAGAACACUACAGCUGUAGUAACUCACUGGUAUGGAAUAAAUAUUUUAUCACAAACACAAACAAUGUUUUGUAUUGAACUGAAGACUAUCAGGGUCAGAUUAAGAUCUUGUGGUGCCUCUGGGCUUCAAAACUAUGUGCCUGUUCUUUCUAAAACAGACUGCUUAUUUACUCAUAAUACGCUGAUAAGCAACCUUACAAUAGCUUUUUUCAGUUCCCUCCGACUACCAGCAUCUGAUGAACAUUUAUUUUGCAUGUUUUUAUGUAGAUAUCACAGUCCACCAAAUUCUAAGCACUUUUUUUUU